AUGAACAAACUCCCGGCAAAUAUCUCAAGUGUGGCCGACCUGUUAGAGGAUAAGGGUAUCUCGUGGGGAGAAUAUCAGGAGGACAUGCCAUACACUGGUUUCACGGGAAACGAGUACCGAAAUCAGCGGACCCAGGCGAAUGCCUAUGUUCGCAAGCACAAUCCUCUUGUCAUGUUCAACUCUGUCGCCGAUGCCCCUGAGCGUCUAGGAAAGAUUAAGAAUUUGACUCUGUUCUGGUCGGACUUGGAGGCAAAAAAUUUGCCGCAAUGGAUUUUCAUCACCCCAAACAUGACAUCAGAUGGCCAUGAUACAUCUGUUACUGUUGCUGGCGCCUGGACACGGUCCUUCUUGGAGCCACUUCUCACCAACGACUACUUCAUGAAGGACACUCUAAUACUUGUUACUUUUGAUGAAAACCACACAUACACACGACCAAAUCGUGUUGUUGGUAUCCUUCUCGGGGGCACCGUACCGGAGGGCGCCCAUGGGACCACAGAUAGCAAUUACUACGAUCACUACAGUGAAAUAUCGACGAUCGAAGCGAAUUGGGAUCUCCACACCCUUGGCCGCUACGAUGUUGGAGCCAACGUUUUCUCACUCGUUGCGAACAAAACCAAGGAUGUUGUCCGCAAGCACCCUAACCUAGAUGGUGUCUAUCUUAACGAGUCUUACCCCGGCAUCCUCCACAGUAAGAAGUGGGCCCCACAGCCAGUCCCAAACACGUCCCUCAAUAUUAGUGGGCGUUCGGUCCUCCCAGACGUGGUCAAGGUCUGGGGAAGCGAUGAAAACCAGAAACAGACUGUAUAUGGCGGAGACCUCGAGAUCCCCAGCGCCGCCAACCCUCCAAAGUACCCCUCCCCCGGUGCGCACUAUUGGUAUAUUAUGUUGACGGAGCUCUGGCUGUACUUGAAGAUUUAGGAACAGCAGUGGAAGCCAAUCAAGCAAUUCUUCCAGCUCGUCAAGUUCAUCCAGCUCGUCCGGCCAGUCUGGUGCAUCCAGCUCUUCCCCAUCCUCAAACCCCAGCCAGUCUUCGGAUUCGAAACCGUCAGGCGCCACACAGUACCUGAGCGAUAUUUCAUGCAUAUCAUUCGCUGCACUAUUUGUGGUGGCGUUUGUGUAGCGGCCGAUGCACGAGAGGCGUGGAAGGUGAUGUUGAUUCAAGAGUAGUGGGAGUGUAUCAAACCGUUACGGUCGAUUGCCGGGAGUAAGAGCAAGGUUGCAUUACAGUAGAAUAUCUAGUUGCAUAUUAAACGGGGUAGUUCCAUAUUCUCCGUAGAACAUUAGAAUUAUUAAUGAAAAAUAGUUGUAAUUUUGAAGACCAGAACCAGUAGUAACAGUCUACUCGAGUUCUUAGUAAGCUAACUAGCUGCUAGCUAGACUGCAUUAUACCGGUAGUUGCACAACCCAAAUAGUUUCCACGCAAUACAAUUCCAUUCUCAACCCAGGAAUGGUAAUAUUAAAAGUUAUGAUUCUCCCUGCCUGG